AUGUCUAACAACACUGAAUCUAAUGUACCUACAAAAUUUGCUGAAAAUACCAAUGAUGAGUGGGUUAAUUGGAUCGAAGAAGCCAUUGCGAAAGAUUACUUUAAAUAUUACGAAUUCAAUAUUUUUAGUAAUUUGCAAGAAAUUAGUUUUGGAGGUUUUGGGAAAGUUUAUCGUGCGAACUGGAGAGGCUCUCAUAACUAUUUAGCAUUAAAAUCUUUUUUUAGUUUCAAUGACGCCACAAUAAAAGAAAUUGUUAAAGAGCUUAAAAUCCAGCGUGAAGUAGAUUUUCAUGAGAAUAUUAUUCAUUUCUGUGGUGUUACGAUAGAAAAUCAAAAUGAUAAUUCGAAAAAAUAUUGGUUAGUAAUGGAAUAUGCAGACAGCGGUACUCUUCAAGAAUAUUUGAAGAUAUGUUUUGAUAAUCUUACUUGGGAUAAUAAAUUUGAUAUGGCAUUCCAGUUGGCCAAUGCUAUAUUAUGCUUACAUGAUAAAGGAAUUAUUCACCGUGAUCUGCAUUCCAAAAACGUACUAGUUCAUCAAAAUAUGAUUAAAUUAGCUGAUUUUGGUCUAUCAAAAAGAAUUGAAGAAUCAUCCAAUCUCCAAUCUACAAAUUUAUAUGGAAAAAUUCCAUACGUUGACCCAAAAAGUUUUAGUAAUCAAGAUUAUAAAUUAAAUAAAAAAAGCGAUAUUUAUAGUAUUGGAAUACUUUUAUGGGAAAUAUCUAGUGGUAAACCUCCGUUUUAUAUUGAAGAUAAAUCAUAUGAUAUUUGUUUAUCAAUUGAUAUAUCACAAGGUCUUAGAGAGACGCCUAUUCCCGAUACUCCUAUAAAUUAUAUAAAUAUUUAUACUGAUUGUUGGAAUAAUGAACCAGAUGAUCGCCCAACUAUCAAUCAAGUUGUCUCUAAAUUAAAUGCAAUUGCUCCAAAGAACAGUAAGAAUACUAUGAAGAAUUUUUGGUCAAAUGAUUCUCAUACAAAUAUUCAAUUAUCAAGCAAUCAGCAACUUAAUUUGAGUGUUUUUAAAGAUUCUAAUAAUAAUUUAUCACAUGGAGAAUUAUCUAAAAUCAUUCAAAAGUUCAACAAGAUUAAUAUUGAAGAAAUAAAACCUUCAAUAACAUCAGAUUAUGACUUUAAGAUGAUAGUUGAUGAAAUAGUUGAAUUUCUUGAUAUGAUAGGAGAAGAAAAAGAUAAACGGAACAUUUAUGAUUCUCUCAAUAAUUAUAAUAUGACAUCACGAGAAAUUUAUAUUUGGCUUUUAAAUAACCAACAUUACUCAAAUUCAGUUGUUUUACUUGGGGAUUUUAAUUACUUAGGAAUUGAGAUUAAUGUUGAUGUGAAUAAAGCAUUUGAAUUAUAUCAGAAGUCAGCAGAUUUAGAAAAUGAAUUUGGAAUAAAUAAUUUAGGAUAUUGUUAUCAAAAUGGAAUUGGAACUGAUAUUGAUGAGAAAAAAGCAUUUGAAUUAUAUCAAGUUGCAGCAGAUUUAGGGAAUGCAUCUGGAAUAG